AUGGCGCACCUCCCGUAUUCGACUUCUCAGACUGGACUGGUCUAUGAUGUUCGCAUGCGCUUCCAUGUUGAAGUGCGCCCUGAAGUGAACCAAGGAGUACACCCAGAAGAUCCUAGGCGCAUCUACGCGAUCUACAAGGAAUUAGUAGAUGCCGGUCUAGUUGACGACCCCAACACGGUCAGCCUGGCGCCAUCCGUUCUCGCAAGAAUCCCAACCAGAUUCGUCACAAAGGAGGAAGUCUGCGCGGUCCACUCAGAGCGACAUUACGACUGGGUCAUUAGCCUAGAAAAUUGGGACAAUGAUCUUCUACACGACGCUGGUCAGCAGAUGGACAGCAUUUAUCUAUCGAAGAACUCGCCUAUGUGUGCAAGACUUUCAGCUGGAGGCGCUAUCGAAGCAUGUCGAGGAAUCCUGAACGGCCAUGUCAAGAAUGCCGUGGCUGUCAUCCGUCCGCCUGGACAUCACGCUGAACACGAUGAACCAAUGGGGUUCUGCCUCUUCAACAACGUUCCUAUCGCGAUCAAGGCUUGCCAAAAGGAGUUUGGUGACAAAUGUCGCAAAGUCCUGAUCCUUGAUUGGGACGUUCACCAUGGCAAUGGCGUACAACAGGCGUUCUACAACGAUCCCAAUGUGCUAUACAUUUCCCUGCACGUCCACCAAGGAGGAAAGUUCUACCCAUCUGGUCCUGCUGGAGAUCAUCUACACUGCGGUGAAGGGGCUGGUCUGGGAAAGAACAUCAACAUCCCGUGGCGAACAGCCGGGAUGACAGAUGCUGACUAUCUUCUUGCGUUCCAAAGAAUCGUCAUGCCAAUUGCACAAGACUUCGACCCUGACCUAGUAGUAGUCUCUGCUGGCUUCGAUGCUGCAGAGGGCGAUAUGCUAGGAAAGUGCCAUGUUUCACCUGCUGGCUAUGGCCAUAUGACACGUAUGCUCAUGUCGUUAGCCGAUGGAAAGAUUGCCGUGUGUCUCGAAGGAGGAUACAACUUGAGAUCCAUCGCGAUCUCAGCUCUAGCAGUCACUCGCACGUUGAUGGGUGAACCACCCGGAAAAAUCGUCACUACGGUAGCUACACCCUCUGCCGUGGAUACUGUCGAAGAAGUUCUCCGCCAGCAGGCAUAUUACUGGCCGUGUCUAUACCCCAGGAACCCUUCUCACAGGCUCAAGAAGCUAGGAAGCGAGAGAAUGCAUGACAUCGUUCGGGACUAUCAAGCUGCAUGGCUUUGGGAGAACCUUGAAAUGUCGAAUCUAUUCAUCGCGCACAGCAAAGCAUCAAGGAGCUUCAAGAACCAGGUGUUGGCGACCCCCAAUCAUUACGAAGCUCGCCCACUACUUGUCAUCUUCCACGAUCCUCCAGAGCUCACUGGGGAGACUGACCCAAGAACUCGAGAACUUCAACUACAUAACACGUGGCUGACUGAUUCCGUCAAGCAAUACACACAGUGGGCGGUCGACAAAGGAUUUGCUGUCAUCGACAUAAACAUCCCCAAGCAUGUCACAGAGCCCGACGAUAGCCAUGAGUACGCCGCAGAAGCAGACCCACAGCAGAGAACCGAUGAGACUGAGUCACUUGCCAAGUAUCUGUGGGACAACUACAUCGAACUGAGUGACUCGAACCACGUUUUCUUCAUGGGCGUCGGUCAAGCCUACUCAAGUCUGAUCGGCUUCCUCAAGAAGAACGACAGAUGUCGGGAAAAGCUAAGAAAGAUUAUUGGCUUUAUAUCCGAUUCAUGUCCCCUGCCAUCAUACAAAUCCGCAACAGACGAUUACCUGGAUCGAUGGUACAAAGACACGUCGAAGAUUUACGUCGCUGCAGACCACUAUUUGUGGGAGAAGCACAAGAUGAAGCCUCCAUCUAGGAAGUGGGGCUCAUUGCAGAAGAGCGACUACAACGACAUGCAAGAGAUGCUUGCAUACCAUCACAAGGAAGUCACGGGUGUCUUGAAUGCGGAGAUCAGCGGGUGGCAGCCAUCGGACGUACCAGUAGUCGUGGCCAGUGAAGUGGAGAUGUAG